AUGCGUUGCGAGAAGAACAAAGAAACACAAAGACCACAACAAAAACAACAUCAACAGCAGAAACAGCUGAAAAAAUCGUCCAAUGCCAAGAAUUUUCCGGAGAGCCUCAAAACUCCUGCAAAGCCGACGACAUCAAAACAAAUUUCAAUAGGAUUUCCGUCAACACACUCGUCCUUGGCAUCAUCGACAACCAAUGAAAUUGCUCAAUCGUUGCCGACAGAAAUCCCCAUACUUCCUGUACCUGGCAAUCCACCGAGGACACCAAAGAGAGUGAACAAUGAUGAUCCGAGGUUCUAUCCAGUUGUGAAAGAAGCUGUCAAAGCUGAUCUACAAACGCCGAGGAAGAAGAAGACCCGCCACUGUGAGAACCCACCCGUCGAGGACAACGUCGGAUGGAUCGUCGACUACAAACUCAAGGAUAAAAAGAGUCACACAAUUUCAGAAACCUUGUCAGUGGUGUGUGUAACGUUGGAGCACCCAUCCCACGAGCUACUGAAGGACAACAACUUCAUCUGGCACAAGUAUAAUUCUUACCGAGCCAAAUGCCUCAAGGAUCGUCGUAAGAUGUACGAGGAGUUCAGGCAACUUGCCAUUGAGGAUGCCAAUGAAUGGUUCAGGUAUGGCAUGGAAUGUUUGUUUCGGUUCUAUAGUUAUGGUUUGGGAAAAGAUUUCUACCUGACUUGUUUGAGCACUUCCAAGAGGAGACUAUCAGCGAUUAUCAAAAUGGCCAGUUAUAUGGCCUGGAGAAGUCCUGGGCUUUCUUCAAAUAUUCAAGGAAGCAUGUGCUGGUCGAUGGCAGAGUCAGACAGGACUCAGAAAGAUCAGAUUUAUCAAGGAAUAGAAGUGGUGAGAAACAUCACCAACAACAUCAGAUGCGAAGCUGUACCAAUGUCGGACCACACAGUGCCCGAGUUUCUUUUCUUUGACAUGGAUUUCAAUGGAGACAUCGGUUGA